GUGUGCCGCAUCAAUAAGCGGUUUUAUUUUAACGUAUUAUGAAUGAAUACGCUGAUUAAAUUUUUGCAAAAAAUUAAGAGUUGUUUUAAAAAUGGAUAGUUUGGAGUUAGAGAGAGAGAGAGAGAGAGAGAAAGAGAGAAAGAGAGAAAUACACAGUACAUCUUUAUGUCGUUUCAGUAGCUGUAUAAGUUUAAGAUCAUGUGUUUGAUAAAGGUGAAAGAGAACCAAACAUUAUUCUUUUUUUUAUUUUGUUUGUCUUUCAUCAGUGUAUGUCUUUCAUUUAUGGGUUCGUUAAAGUAUCAAUUGCUCAUAGGAGAUUCGGUGUUUUGGAUGUGUUUGUGCAGCAGAACCCUGAAGUGUAUGCAGUAGAUGGCAGCAUUGGGUGAUGUGGAGAAAAUAGACUUUAGAAGAAGAAGAACUGCAGCUGUCCUGUGCAGUUUGGAGAAAGAAAAAAAAAACAAUAAAACGGAUUUAUAUUUUCAAUAUAAAGCUUCUUGGGUUGUUUUAGACUCUCUGGAUUCAUAACAAAUGAUGUGAAGGUGUUGGUUGAUGUCUUUGGAGUCUGCUCUGGACCGUGUACCACGGCGAAGCUGAAUGCUCGGAUCUGAUUGGUCAGAAGACAGAGGUGAAAAUGAUUCCUGAAAACUGUACUGAUCAAGACAUGGCUGCAAGUACAAAGCAGGAGGACACGUCGCUCCCUCCUGGUUGGACAAAAGAGACAAGACAGCGGAAACAGGGCAAGACAGCAGGCAGAAUGGACACUUAUAUUAUCAGUCCUCAGGGUAAACGCUUCAGAUCCAAAGCAGAACUCCAGAAGUACCUGCUCUCUGAGGAAUGUGUUCACCUGGACCUAGACGCUUUUGACUUCACACCCAAAACCAAAGCACGGACCGAAAAAUCCGACUCCGAAAAGCCACAACAAAAAAAAGAACGAAAACCAGGAAGGAGGAAAACAACUCGAACUGCAGAAAAUCAUCCUGGAACACAGAAUACGGAAGCCCAGAUGCAGGAAACAAAGAGUAACAUAGAAGAACUAACAGACAACCAGUGUGAAAGAGAAGAAGCGUCCACCAGUGAAAACAUUUUAACAGCUGUUCCAGUCAUUAGCGUGACGGCAGCACCGGAGAGCGAAGGAGAGCUGAGAGAGGAGGAGGAGACAGAAGAAAGUGAAGAAGUGAGUGAUAAGAAAGGGAACAGAGCCGGGUGUGAGAAGAGCUCACCUGUCAGGAACAAACGAAAUGGGACAAACCUACUUUCAGAGAAGCGGAGAACCAGUCCAUACUUUAAGAAGAAGAAUGACGGUCUCAGUCCUCCAAAGCGUAAAGCGUUCAGGAAGUGGACUCCUCCACGUUCACCGUUCAACCUGGUACAAGAAACCUUGUUUCAUGACCCGUGGAAGCUUCUAGUGGCCACCAUCUUCCUCAACAAAACAAGCGGAAAACUGGCAAUACCCAUGUUGUGGCAGUUUUUCGAGCGCUACCCAUCUGCUGAGGUAACUCGUGCCAGUGACUGGAAGCCACUCGCUGAUCUUAUGCAGCCUCUCGGUCUGAACUCCCUACGAGCCAAAACCCUCGUCCGCUUCUCCGACGAGUUCCUCACCAAGUCAUGGCGGUAUCCCGAUGAGCUCUAUGGCAUCGGCAAAUACGGCAACGAUUCGUAUCGUAUAUUCUGUUUGGGAGAAUGGAGAGAGGUCACCCCACAAGACCACAAGCUGAACAAGUAUCACAGUUGGCUUCUGGAGAACCACAAGCAAUUAGGAAUCUGAUGUUUUGAGCCUCAAAGCACUGUCUUUUUUCUUUUAACCUGCUCUCAUUUUAAACCAGGCCAAAGCAUUAAAGCCACGGCUGUAUUUUUCUACAUGCAAUAUCAAAACUUCACAAGUGUAUUCUCAGUGAAAUUCCAUUAAAAUCCCUGCUUUCACUGUGAAUCUUCUUUCCCCAUACACGCGUCCCAGAACGCCUCGCCCUACUUGUUUUAGUGUACGAUUGCGAGGUUGCGUGUUUUCUUUUCAAACUUUUAACCCCGUGGUAUUUCUCCUGGCCUUUUCAAUAUGCACAAAAAGACUUUUUCUUCGGCGCGAUAUUUUUAAUUCACACACCUGCGAAGAAUAAUGAACAGGAUGAAACCGUGUCUCGCGGUGCCUGACCUCGCAAAAAACGAGCUCACAGGACGCCGUAGGAAACUGGUGCACCGUCGCUACAAUAUGGUCCUUAUAGGAAUACAAAAUAUGUAUAUUACAAAAGUGUGUAUAUUGAUUUUUUUUAUUGUACGGAUUGUAAUAUUUACUAUUGGUUCAUGGGAUUCAUGUGUGUGGAUGCGUUUUAAAAAUAUUCAUGUAAUAAAGGGACCAAAGUCUUAAAUGUUUUUUUUUUUUUUAUUCGUGAAUUUUCGGGACCAAAAAAAAGAGGCUGAAUUGAUUUGAAAAGGCUUUAAUGAAAAAUGUGGUUUUUUUGGCCUAGAUUGAAUUCAUUAAAACGUGUGAAUAUUUCUGCGGUGGUGUUACAGCAAAAGCCUGAAAUCUGAAACAUGGAGGUAGAAUAUGAAGCUGUGUUUGUCUCAAAAAAAAAAAAUAAUAAAAUUGAAAUGCAUCAA